AUGGCUUACCACACUCGCUCUAACAGCUUCCCAUCAAGGCCACACCCCAUCAUUCAAGAAGUUGAUGAACAUUUGUGCAGAUUGAGUUCAUCCGAGUCCACAUCCACAUCUUCAUCAUCAAUAAGCAACAAACUAAAUGGCCUGCAAGACUUACUUUAUUGUGUUGAUAGGUUGCUUCAGUUGCAAGGCACCCAACAAGCAUUAGCACAAGAGCAACAACAGAAAUGGGCUAAUGAGCUAUUAGACGGCUGUCUCCGGCUCUUGGAUAUUUGUAGCACUGCACAGGAUGCCCUCUCGCAGACCAAGGAGUGCAUACAAGACCUUCAAUCAAUCAUUAGAAGAAAAUGGGGAGGUGAAACUGGGCUCACUAAUGAGGUCAGGAAAUACUUGAGCUCUCGGAAGAUGGUGAAGAAGUCAAUUCACAAGGCUAUGGGAAAUCUGAAGGGAAUGAAAAACAGAUCCACGUUCUCAUCCGCCAACAAGGACCAAGAAACUAUCGCCAUUGUUAGCAAGCUGAGAGAUGUUGAAGCAGUCUCUCUCACUAUCUUCGAAUCAGUGCUGUCCUUCAUCUCUGGACCAAAGUCAAAGCCUAGCAGCUGGUCUUUGGUUUCCAAGAUGGUGCAGUCCAAAAGAAUAGCUUGUGAUGAGGAAGCAAAAGUGAAUGAGUUUGCAGAGGUGGAUGCUGCAUUGAAGUCACUCAAGAGUGCAGACAAUGCACAAAACCAGCUUAGCAAUCUGGAGUCAUGCAUUCAAGACCAAGAAGAAGGACUUGAGAGCCUAUUUAGGCAAUUGAUCAAAACAAGGGUCUCCCUUCUCAACAUCCUAAACCACUAG